CAGAAAAAGCACUUUCUGCACAAAGGACACACAGAUAUGAAAUGAUCCUUUUGCUAACGGAGAAUGUCAAACUUGAGAGAUCAAAGACUCUUAACCCUGCUACCUUACUCCCAGUGACUGAACCUGAAAGAUCGCACGACUGUGUAGCUGUCUUGAAAACUAUAAGCAAGACUAGAGAAGAUUUGAGGGACACGCCGGUGGAACACCCUGAUUUGAAUCUCUUUACUGACGGAUCUUCCUUUUAUCUUCACGAAUGGAAGAAGAUGCAAGCUGUGCAAGAUAAAGGGAUCUGGACCCUGAAUGGUAAACCUCUAUUGCCCAGAAGGUAUGUACUGCCACUUGCCCGUUGGUACCAUGAGAAGGGGCAUGGAGGUCCCGAAGCAGUAGCCUCAAAGGUAACCCAGCUAUGGGCAGCACCAGGAAUCUCUUCAGCAGCUAAGAAACUGACUGAAGGAUGUUCUUCGUGUAAGAGAUAUGGAGAUAUAAGGCCAAAAGUAACGCCAGGGAAGAGGCCGCCAGCAGUCUGUCCUUUUCAGAAACUUCAGAUUGAUUUUGCGGAAAUGCCAGCCGCUCUCGGAUAUAAAUAUUUGCUGGUAAUAGUAGAUCAACUCUCUGGGUGGGUAGAAGCUUUCCCGACCCGGAAGAACGAUUCAAAAAUAGUUGUAAAAAUCUUGCUUAAGGAAAUCGUUCCUCGAUAUGGCGUGCCUGAGGUGAUAGACUCUGACCGUGGACCGCAUUUUACAGCAGCUAUUUUAUUACAAGUUUAUGUAACCCUAGACAUCAAAGGACAGUUUCAUACUCCGUAUCACCCACCUUCAUCAGGGCAAGUAGAAAGAAUGAAUAGAACAAUUAAGGAGAAGUUAGCGAAAGUAUGCAGUGAAACUGGAUUAAAGUGGCCAGAGGCAUUAAAUUUAGUUUGAUGGGAUCUUAGAACUACUCCAAAGCAGCCGUUAGGAAUUAGUCCAGCAGAGGUCCUAUCUGGACGAA